GCGUCGCGUACAUUGAUUAAUUUUUUUGAGAGACUAUUCCAACACAGAAAAUUCUGGUUUAAAACUCAGCGGGGAUGAUGUAAAAAGAUUUAAGAAGUACUUAUACCUUAGUGGCGAUAAUAAUGAGGGUUUACUCUUGAGCUUAAAGACAUAAUGGGAUGAGAAGGAGCAUUAAGUAGCGCGACCGGAAGUCUACAAAAGAGCUUACUGCAGAUAAAUGAGGUCGAUGAUACGUGACUCUGUUCUCGAUGUUGAGUCGCUCGCCUCGUUGAAUAAAGAACGGAUAUACGCGAAUGUCCAUCCGCGAGUUACGUUUCCAGUCUAUGAGAAAGUGAAACUCGCUCAUCAGUGAAAUGACUUUUGCAACAAAAAGCAACCAAUCAGAAUAGUAUAAAGUCGCAUUCUUUAUUCCAACAGGCAUUGAAACCAAAAGUUCUAGUUCAAAAGUGCAAGUGAAUUUUAUAGUGAAGUUUACUAUAGUUUUCAUCUUAUUUUUAAAUGUCACCGCGAAUGUUCUAUAGUGAAUAAAUAAAAAUUUAUUUCCUAGUCUACAUUAUUUAAAAAUAAGCAAUUGUGGUGUGUGAUACGUGAUUUUCAGUCAAUUAUAAAUAUCAGCGAAAUAAUUAACAAAAGAAAUGAAGGGCAUUGUUUCUCUGUUUAUAAUAUAUAAUGUUCUAUGACACGUGUUAUGGAAUGUCGACACAAUUUCUAUGUGCUCACCCAGAGUAAUUUUCGCAAGUGACUGAUUUCGUCGAAUCAGUUGAACGAGGUUGAUGUUUCGUAUCCUGAUUAUUUUUAAAAUGAUUGCUCUUGAUUCAACAUUUCCUUUAUCGAAGAAAACAUCUCUCUCUUGCCAGUGAAACUUGUCGUUCCGACUGGUUCUAACCGCUUCAAAAGAAAUAGUCGAAACGAUCGGAUUUGUCCUCAAAAUGAAAAUUAGAAUUAAAAUAAAAUAUGCCAAACUGAAUACGAUAAACUUACUUACUCAUGGAAAGAAGAAUUGAGGUGGUUUUAAGAGUCUGCAAAAUAAGUAUAUGAAAAUACUUUAAAAUGGACAAAUUAUUGGUUUUUGUAGCUUUUAUUAUCAGCCUUUCAUUCGUUCAUUGUGCGCCUUAUGAAUGUAUCAGCAAUUCCACUGAUGAAUUCGAGGAUUCGUACGUUGGUCUACUUAUUUCGCCAGUUUUAUCGACGGAAACAUAUAGAGAAAUUGAAAUUUAUUGGAACCAUGCAAAGUACCGUGUAGGAGAUGAAAUUGGGCUUUAUACGGAAAAACCAAGGGAUGAUCUUGAGCCGAUUUUCAUCAUUCACCCAGACAGCCAAAGUGGAAUUGUUAAAACAGGAAUACAGGCUGAUUUUAUUCCAACUUCAAAUCUUACUUUCACAAAACAGUGCUUAAAAUACCAUGUUGCUUGGUUGCGUACUGGGAUGGUGAGGAAAGAAAAUUGUUUGAAAACACAGCCAACUUGGAUGUCUGAUAUGAAAAAUAUUCUGGGGCGUCGAAGAAUGCGAGAUCUUUUUCUACCUGGAACACAUGAUUCUUCCGCUUAUGCGAAAACCAAUUUUAUAUUGCCCGAAACUUUAGUUACGAAAUACGUCAUAACCCAGGAUGAGGAUGUUCUUGGCCAAUUGAUAUACGGUGCUCGAUAUCUGGAUAUUCGAGUGGGAUACUAUGCUACAGAGGCGAUCCAAUGGUGGGGCAGCCAUGGGCUUGUCGCCGUGGUUCCAUUUCAAACAGUCAUCGAUGACGUCAAGACUUUCCUCAAUAAUACGGAUGAGAUAGUCAUCUUCGAUGUGCAAGAAUUCCCCGUCGGUUUUGGCCAAGACUUCACAAUACAUCGAAAAUUAGUGGCCUAUUUGGAGGAGCAAUUUGCGGACUAUAUAAUUCCGAAAUCCUUUGGUUGGUCUAGCACUCUGGAUACUAUUUGGUCUUCAGGCAAAAAGUUAAUUAUUGGAUAUGAUGAUCACAAUGUGGUAGGCAUGUUUGACAGCUUGUGGCCCAGUGUUACCCAACAGUGGGGAAACGUACAAAAGGUCGACGAUUUGUAUGAUUACUUAAACAAAAUUGAAACAAAUGCACUCAGUAUCAUCAGUUCUUCGAAGGUAAAUCCGAGGUCUGCAAUGGCAGAACUGACUCCGAAAGCCUGGGAUAUUUUUCUGGACCGACUGGGUGGACUUCGAAAAAUGGCGGAAGAUGUUGAUGCAAAAAUUACCAUGUGGUAUAACACUAAAUGGCAACAUUCGGCAAACAUCGUUGCUGUGGAUUUCAUCAAAGCUACUGGAAUCGUCGAAACUGCCCUUGAGUGGAACGAGAGAAGAUUCAAUAGUUGUUGAAAUUCCGAUAAUUCUGAAACAUUUGAUUACAAAAUACCUGUGACUUCAAACUGCUAUACAUUUGCCAAAUAAGUGAACAAGUCGACCCACGAAGUCUGAAAUAAAUGAAAACAACUUCCACAGUGAAAAAUAACAUUAUAUAAUCAAAUGGUCGAUCGUCCAUUAAUUUCAAAAUAGACAUAUCACUAAA